AUGACCUGCACCGAACACCUGCCCAAUCUGAAAGCCUUGGUCUUGGACAUGAAGCGCAUCGAUCUACCGUCUUACUUCAAGCAUGUCUGGGUCCCGGGAGUCGUCCCAGAUGAGGCCGCCAUUGAGAACUUGCCCACACGAAAGACAUAUUUCGAGCGAGUUCCAAAACUCGAAGAACUCCGUCUAGCCACAACACUAGACGCCGACACGCGACCCUUUCAGCGCAUGGCUGUCUGUCUCAACGACAUCUGCCACCCCAAUCUCCGCAUAUUAGAAAUUUGCAAUCUGAAAAUAUACGGUACAUGGGCCUUUCCGGAGACGAUUGAACAUCUCCGCCUCGUUGACUGCCAAAAACAUAUCUUCACUCCCGACUGUCGUCCACCACUAACGCUUCCCAAUCUGAAAUCACUUACCAUAGCCCAAUUCCACUGGAUCGAUCUCGAGCAAGUCCUCCGCUUCUUGCAGUCGAAUGACGGUGUACUAGAGAGUCUCCGCCUCGAAUCAUGCGAUAGAAUCCGGGCAACCGAUCUUGCGCUUCUGGCGAGCCAUGCAAAGGCAACUAAGAACUUGAAGUCGCUGCAUUUGCAUGGGAUGGGGAUGUACACUCUUAGCGAUGAGACGCUUUUAUUUGUGAUUCGGAAUAUGCCACAGCUCCAGGAACUUCACGUCCCUAAUACUGCGGUGACUGGGUCCCUGAUCAAGAAAAUCGUUCUCCUUGCUGAUGGCCGCGAAGGGGAUUUUCCGCGCAUCAAACUUCUCAAUUUGAAGGGUUGCGGGGAUGUGUCUUUUGAAGCGGUUGAAUGGGGACGCGCAAGAGGUCUGAAGAUAAUAAACAGAUAG